CUUCCAUUUUUCAUUGCUCCCUUAAAUCUCUCUCUCUCUCUCUCUCUGAUUGGAAUUCUGCAACUUCUCUCAUUCUCUUUCACUCUCGCAAAUUAGGGUUUCCAUUUGAGCUUUAUUCUUUUCCGUACAGAGCUCAAAUCCGGAGCGAGCUUGCUGCUUUCUCGCGAUGCGAUUAGGAAGAAGCUGAGAGGAAGAUGAGAUUUGAACCCUAGACAAAUACCUUUGAAAACUGGCUUGGCUACCCACAUAACUGAGCGCCAAAUGCUGUUAUGACUAUGAGUUGGCUUCCAAAGGGUCACCUUUUGAUUGCCACAUUAUCUGUAUUCCAUUUUUCAGGCCAAACAUUAGGAAUGUGAAGGAAGGUGGGCUGUUACAGUUGUUUGAAAUGUAUGAUGCUCUGUUUCUAUAGUGUAUGCCAUUUUUGGUUCUCAAGACCUUUGCUGUAAAUCCAUCACAUACUCUACACAAUGCCAGGGAUCCCAUUUUUCAACUCUUAGUUGAUAAACAAGCUAAGAAAAUAUGCCUUCAUGGUGGCCAAAGUCAUCAAAGGAUGCAAAGAAGAAAGAAAAUAAAGAAAGUUUCAUUGGUACAUUGCAUAGAAAAUUAAAAAACCCAUCUGAUAGUAAGUCUGCUAUUAAGCCUGGGGGAUCUCGAAGGCAUGGUAAUGACUCAGUUUCAGAGAAGGGUUCUCUAUCCCGAGCUGAAUCAAGAUCAUCAUCACCUUCCAAACAUGUAUCAAGGUGUCAAAGCUUUGCAGAAAGGCCUUCGGCCCAACCACUCCCACUUCCGGACCUGCACUCAGCAAAGGUAGUCCGAACAGACUCUGGAAUCAUUUCAAAAAAGCUAAGAGAAGGGAAGGGUUCUAAGCCAGCCCUCUAUUUGCCUAUACCUAGGCCUCGAUGUAUCAUGCGCAGGUUGGAUCCCGCAGAUGUUGAUGGAGAAUUGGUAGUAGCAUCAAUUUCAAGUGAAUGCUCUGUAGAGAGUGAUGAUCUGACUGACUCCCGUCAACGUAGUCCUCUGGCAUCUGAUUGUGAAAUUGGAGGCAAAAAUGCGUUGCGCAGCCCAUCCAGUGUGAUUCCUAAGGACCAGUCUCCUGUUGGACAAAUAAGCAGAAGAGAGGCAACAGGAUUGGUUAAUCUUUCCUCCAGCAGAUGUGUCAACUCUUCAUCUCCUAAAAGGGGACCUCUAAAUAGCUUUGUGGCCAAUCUACAGGUCCCUUGUCAUGGUGCUUUUCGCAGUGCUCCAGAUAGCUCAGUGUCAAGUCCCUCUAGAAGUCCAAUGAGUGGUAUUGGAAAUGAGCAAGUUCCUGGUUCAAUGUUAUGGGCAGGAAGACCUCCUGAUAUUCCUCUGCUUGGAUCAGGCCAAUGUUCAAGCCCUGGCUCAGGUCAAAAUUCUGGGCAUAAUUCGAUGGGAGGUGAUAUGCCAGGACAAUUAUUUUUGCAACCUAGUAGAGGAAGCCCUGAGUAUUCUCCAAACCCUAGUCCCAGAAUGAGAAGUCCUGGACGUAGCUCCAGAGUUCAAAGUGGUGCAGUCACACCAAUCCAUCCCAGGGCUGGAGGCAGAGACUGUGAAUCCCAGACUUGCUGGCCUGAUGAUGGGAAACAACAAAGUCAUCCCUUGCCCCUUCCUCCUGUUAGAAUGUCAAAUUCAUUACCAUUUUCCCAUUCAAAUUCAGCUACUGCAUCUCCCUCAGUGGCCAGAAGUCCAGGGAAAGCAGAGAAUCUGACAAGUCCUGGCUCACGCUGGAAAAAGGGAAAGUUACUUGGUAGAGGCACAUUUGGACAUGUAUAUGUUGGUUUUAACAGUGAUAGUGGUGAAAUGUGUGCAAUGAAGGAAGUUACGUUAUUUUCUGAUGAUGCAAAAUCGAAGGAAAGUGCUAAGCAGUUAGCCCAAGAGAUUGCAUUAUUGAGCAGGUUAAGGCAUCCAAACAUUGUUCAAUAUUAUGGGUCUGAAAUGGUUGGUGAUAUGAUGUAUAUAUACUUGGAAUAUGUAUCUGGUGGUUCUAUCUAUAAGCUUUUACAAGAAUAUGGGGCAUUUGGAGAAACAGCUAUCCGUAGUUACACUCAACAAAUACUAUCUGGUCUUGCAUAUUUACAUGCUAAACAGACAGUGCACAGGGAUAUCAAAGGAGCAAAUAUUCUUGUGGAUCCAAAUGGACGCAUUAAGUUGGCAGACUUUGGCAUGGCAAAGCAUAUUACAGGGCAGUCAUGCCCAUUAUCACUCAAGGGUAGUCCUUAUUGGAUGGCACCAGAGGUCAUUAAGAAUUCAAACGGACGCAACCUUGCUGUUGAUAUAUGGAGUCUUGGAUGUACAGUCUUAGAAAUGGCUACAUCAAAGCCGCCUUGGAGCCAGUAUGAAGGGGUUGCUGCCAUGUUCAAGAUUGGGAAUAGUAAAGAACUACCUAUUAUUCCGGAGCACCUGUCUGAUGAGGGAAAGGAUUUUAUCAGGCAAUGUUUGCAGCGUGAACCACGGUCUCGUCCAACUGCUGCUCAGCUAUUGGAUCAUCCUUUUGUAAAAAAUGCUGUGCCUCCAGAAAAACCUGUUAUAUCUUCAAUGCAAUCUGAUCCACCUGUUGCUGGCAUGGAUGGCAUGAAAUCUCUGGCCAUUGGGCAUGCGAGGAAUACACCUUGCUUUGAACCAGAAAGACUCGCAAUCCAUUCAUUCAGAGUUUCAAAGUCUAGUAUCUAUGGCAGUGAAAUCCAUGUUCCAAGGAACAUAUCAUGCCCUGUCUCUCCGAUUGGGAGCCCUCUUUUACAUCCAAGGUCACCUCAACACCUAAAUGGAAGGAUGUCCCCAUCACCAAUAUCAAGUCCUCUUGCUGCAUCAGGCUCAUCCACACCACUCACCGGAGGGAAUGGUGCAAUCCCAUUUCAUCACUUCAAUCAAUCAAUUUACUUACAAGAGGGCAUUGCCAAUCUUUCACAGGGUCUGUAUAUUAAUGCCCCCUCCUAUUGGGAACCCGAUGCUUCCCGAGGGAUGCAAUCGGGAGCUCAUGCUUUGUGGGAUGUGCAACCCACUGAAAAUGAUGCUCUUGCAAAGCUGUUUGGAAGGCCCACCAGCGGAGAAUUGAACAAUGGUCAGUCAGUCUUGGCCAAUCGAGUCUCUGAGCAACUCCUAAGGGAUCAUGUCAAGUUGAUUCCCCCACUAGAUCUAAGUCCUUGCCAUCCCUUGGCAGGCCGAACGGGUGGAACAUGAUGCCAGUUUUAUUCAGAAAGCCAUUAGGGAAACAUGCCAAUCUCACUAUUGAAGGGGUAAACUUCACUAGUUAAUGAUAGUGAGUGAAGGAAGCUGGUUUGUGUUAAGGGUGUCAAUCAAUGGGAGGACUGUUCAAUUACUGACCUGUUUGAGGAUUUCUUUUUCUUUUCUUAUCACUUUCAUUGGGUAAUGGUAUACCUUACGAGAUAGCUGGCUGCAAUGAAAAUGAACUGCCAUUGAUGUGCCACCCUUUCAAAGACAAGCUUGCUUCCUGCCACCUUCUCUGAUUGAGCAUAUCUGGAUUCUGGACACGAGCAGCUAGCUUGUAUAAAGCUAAAGCUGGUGCAAAAGAUUGAAUUUGAUACUUAACUGACCCAAGGCAGGCAUUUAUGAAGGAUUCACUUGUGUUUGGUAAGGCAGCGAUUCAAUGUAUAGCUGAUUCAUCAGUGACAGUUGUUGUAUCAAACUUGUAUAUUUAUGAUGGAGCAAAGAUAGAGAAAAGAGUUAGCCUGAAUUUUGAGUAGUAGGUGUAGGACUUUUGUUUUGCUUCUCAUCCAUCUUUUUUUGGCUUUAUGGGGAUAUAUUCAGUAUUCAGUUGAGGGGCUGUACAGAAAAUAUUCAGGAUUAUGCUGAUCAAGCAAUCAAGAUUAUAGUUAUUCUCAAUUUA